CUUAUAUUUGCUUAGGUUUGGGAGGUGCAAUGAAUUAGAUUGAUUAUAUGAAAUUAUUAUAGAAAAGCUUAUAGAUGAAUACAAGUGCCAUAAAUGCCUUCAAUUAGAAUUAGUUUUUCUGCUAAUUAGGAAUGAUGGGUCAAAAGAAAACAAAUACUGUGUAAAAUCCAAUUACUGUUGAAGAUGAUGACCCCCCUUAAAUUUAGAAAUGUCAGAAUUCUAAAUGCAAUAAUAAGGGAGAUCGUAAGACAAAGUCAAAGAAAGGUGAAACCCUCUAAUUCUGUGAAAAAUGUUUAAGGAUGUACAAUCGUGGAAAUUUUUGUGAUUUUUGUGAAUAAGUAUUGAAAGAAUUUUUUUAAGAUUUGUAGGUCUAUUCAAAUGGGUCUUAUGAUCAUGAUGAAUAAGAAUGGAUACAAUGUGAUGAAUGUGAGAAAUGGGUAUAUUUCAAAAGAUAUUGAUAGAAUCAUCUAAAUUGUGAAGCUAAAUGUAGGAAUUCGAAUAUAAAAGAAGAGACUGAGAAUAAAGUUUAUUAUUGUUUAAAUUGUUCUAAAAUUAAAAAACAAUAACAAUAAUAAUAAUAAAUUCAGUAAUAGAAGAAAUAAGAAAAGACGACAGAAGAAUAUCAGCCAAAAUAAAGAACUAUAAUGGAAUGUGAGGAUGCUAGAACAAGAGAGAAGAAUAUCAAUUUUGUAGCUACUAAAGAUAAUAAAGUUUAAUUUAGUAAAUUUAUAAAUUUAAUAAUUUUUAAUAGCAUUUCGAUUGAAUCUAUAUGAUGAUGAAAUUAAGUCAGAUCUCGAUUUUCUGAGGAAUUCUGGCAAGAAGAACAUUAAGAAAUAGAAUUAAUAAGAUUCUCCAAUCAUAAAAUAAAUUAUAAUACCAUAAUAAUAAUUAUAAUAAUAAUAAUAAUCAUAAUAAUAAUAAUAAUAAUUAAUAUAAGAAGAGAAUGUAAUUAUAUAAUCAACUCAUUAUUAGAAUUCUGAUUAAUAAAUGAAUAGUAGGAGAAGAACUAGAAAUAACAAAAAUAGAGUUAAUUAUAGAAAUUUAGGGGGUGAAUGA